ACCUGUGUCAUUCUCAGUGUUGAUUCUGAAAAUUAGCAUCCAAAAUAUGUCGAGCGUAAAUUGUUAUCCGACGAUGAUGCGUGAUCGUUUUCAUGCGCUGUCUUGAUUAUAACGCCGACUGCGAUGCACGCUGUCAUUAAGCAACCAGAACACGAACGCUGUUGUUUGCACUGUGAGAUCUGAUAUAAUCUAGCGUUGCAUACGAAGCGAAUGGAUCAGAGAUCCACAGAGCAGCGUUUGCCAUCACAACCGUAGGAUUUAAUCGACGCGUCAGUGUACAUUUGAGGAUUUAAUAAGGUAAAACUCUGAACGAAGAGGACACUACCCCUAUCGCACAUAGACUGAAACGUCAUCAACAUUUUCCUAUAUUUAAAUGGUUGAGAGAGAGAGGAGGUCAUUGCUGAAAUAAGGAAGAACGCCGGGUGUUAAGAGAAACUGAGGGAAUUACACACAAGUGAAGAUUUACUCAAUUAGGCUACAUAAAUGGGGGAUUACGGCUUUCUGGUUAAAAACAACUCGGCAAACAAAUCCGUUUUUCCGGUAAGAAUUCACCCACACCUGCAGCAUACGGUUCCCCACCAGACAACCCCUCCAAGCCCUCCGGCUUUCAUCAGCAACAACAACACUACCAAUGGUGCAAGUGUUGGGUCCGCUUGGCUUUUCCCAACAGUGACGACCCACUCUAACAUGCAAGAUGAUAUUUUGGAGUCUGACACGUCCAAGGCUCCGCAACCGCAACAAGAGAGUCAUGAAGGACAAGAAAAGCCGACGCUCUCUCCUCCAGGUCACCAGGAAGCUCCAGGAAUCAUAUCAGAGUUGGACAAAACCAUGCCAGACGAGAACCAGCUGGACAAAGGGACCAUGGAGAACGCUAACGGUAAAGAGCCACUGCGGCUGGAAUCUCCAGUGUUAUCAGGGUUUGACUAUCAGGAGACGUCUGGUAUUGGUACUUUAGCACAGUCUAGUAGCUCGUCUUCGUCGUCCCUUACUGGCUUCAGCAGCUGGUCCACUGCUAUGCCCCCCAACCCUUCCACUUUGAUCGAAGAGGUUGGCUUUUUCAAUCAGGCUGCUACUACUAACAAUGCUCCUCCUCCGCUGCUAUUUCAAAGUUUCUCUCAUCACGCCAGUUCAGGGUUCGGGGGGAACUUCUCCCACCAGAUAGGGCCUCUAUCUCAGCACCAUCCAUCUCCUCAUCCACACUUCCAACACCCUCAUAAUCAGCCCCGCAGGUCCUCGGCCAGCCCCCAUCCACCUCCCUUCUCCCACCGCAGUGCUGCUUUCAACCAGUUGCCCCAUUUGGGGAAUAGUCUAAGCAAGCCUCCUUCCCCCUGGGGGAGCUAUCAGAGCCCCUCGUCCACUCCAUCUUCUUCUUCAUGGAGCCCAGGUGGAGGAUACGGAGGCUGGGGAGGCUCUCAGGGACGGGAGUAUCGCCGAGGGCUGAACGGAGGGGUCAAUCCCCUCAACUCGAUCUCUCCUUUAAAGAAGUCUUUCCCAAAUAACCAGACCCCAAUGCAGAAGUAUCCCCGCAACAACUCUGGCUUCAACACUAAACCCUGGAUGGAGGAUACCAUAAACCGCAACGAUAGCGUCUUUCCAUUUCAGGAUCGCAAUCGGUCCUUUGAUGGUUUCAGCAUGCAUUCCCUAGAGAACUCUCUGAUCGACAUCAUGAGAGCCGAGCAGGAUUCCUUGAAAGCGAGGAAUUACGGGAGGCGGCGAGGUCACUCAUCGUUGUUUCCCAUGGAUGAUGAGCGGACAUACGGAGAAGAUGACCGGUCUGAUCCGAGUCUGAGUGGACUGGGCUCACCACACAGUUUCCCUCACCAAAACGGCGAACGCAUCGAACGCUUUUCUCGCAAGGUCUUUGUUGGUGGCCUACCUCCGGACAUAGACGAAGACGAGAUCACCGCCAGUUUCCGACGCUUUGGACAUUUGUUUGUGGACUGGCCUCACAAAGCGGAGAGCAAAUCUUAUUUCCCACCGAAAGGUUAUGCGUUCCUUCUGUUUCAAGACGAGAGCUCGGUCCAGGCGCUGAUUGAUGCUUGCAUGGAAGAAGAUGGGAAGCUCUAUCUCUGUGUCUCUAGCCCUACAAUCAAAGACAAACCAGUCCAGAUACGACCCUGGAAUUUGAACGACAGUGACUUUGUGAUGGAUGGCUCUCAGCCCCUCGAUCCCAGAAAAACGAUCUUUGUUGGGGGAGUUCCACGACCUCUACGAGCUGUGGAGCUCGCCAUGAUUAUGGACCGACUGUACGGCGGGGUGUGCUAUGCUGGCAUUGACACUGACCCUGAGCUGAAGUAUCCUAAAGGGGCUGGACGUGUGGCCUUCUCCAAUCAGCAGAGCUACAUUGCUGCUAUCAGCGCUCGCUUUGUGCAGCUGCAGCACGGAGAGAUCGAUAAACGGGUGGAAGUGAAGCCAUAUGUACUGGAUGACCAGCUGUGUGAUGAGUGUCAGGGCACGCGUUGUGGGGGCAAGUUUGCUCCGUUCUUCUGUGCUAACGUCACUUGUCUUCAAUACUACUGUGAAUACUGCUGGGCAGCCAUUCACUCGCGAGCCGGACGGGAGUUUCACAAGCCUCUAGUGAAGGAGGGAGGAGACCGGCCUCGCCACAUCUCCUUCCGCUGGAACUGAUCCGGGAGAUCACGGCUGUGCUAUUCAUUUACAUGCACUUUUCAUUUUGCUAAGUCCUUUUUAUUUACAGUUCUUUUUUUAAGUCUAAAAUUGUAUUUAUUCUUAAGUUUUUAAUUUUAUUUUUUAUUUUUUUUGCAGAAAAGAAUGCUAAAAGAAAAUUGUGUAAUCCUGAUUUUUUUUGGUUUUUGUUUUUUGUUGAAAAGCUACAUUGGUGCGCAUGAAGACUUGAAUGCAUUAGAUUUAAAAAUAUAGAUGUUUAGCCUGACUUGACUCUGAAUUACUGUUCUAUCUUUAUUCUCUCGGAGCCUCAUCUUUUUGUUUGUUAAUGGGUCACGUUUUCACUUUAAACUGUUGAAGGCUAUACACAACGAGGCUGGAAAUGUUCGAGCCUCGCUCUUAGGACUUCAAUAUCAAGUUUGCCGUUUCACAGAAUAAUGAUUGCAUGGCAAAUGUGGAUUCACAGUUACUCCUUUAACAAA